AUGUAUUCUCCCAACGAAAGCUGCCUCGACCUCGGAUAUGGGCCUCCGCUCGGAGCUGGUGCCGACUACCGUAAUUUCGUCACGACUCACCCCCAGCUGCUGUCCGUUCCUCGCCCGCUUACUGCGGGCAUCGCCGGUCCCAGGUCCGAGAUACUACAACUGAACGGCUGCAACCGUGGCCUCCAGCAGGGCUACUACCCAGGCGAGUUAUCGGACGGGCCUGACUGCCAAUUUCCGUUGCCCUUCGCAGUUAGCGAAGCCAGCGCGGCCAAUGCCCCGGACUCAAGCGAUCUGCAUAUUGAUGCCAUUCAGGAGGAACAAGCCACUCCAUGGGGCAACUCUAAGCCAAUCGAGAGGGCCAACUCCGCCCUCAGCUCUGCCGGUUCGUUGGAUGACAACAUGGAAUGGGCCGUCGACUUGGGCUGGAUAACCUCCGAAGCUGGAACCCCCUCUCAGUUCCUCGAAUCGUCCGUCACGACCGUCGUCGACGACUUGGAAAAGCCAAUUAGUUACAAGGCGGCCUCUCAGAUAGUUUCCCCUGCGAAUAUACAGCAGCCGACUGACAUCGUCCUCGCCAACGACACAAAAUCUGAGUCUAGCGCAGGUGCCACGGCACCGCUGUCGCCGUCUUCCCCGGGCAGGCCUAGAAUAAGCGCAUCUUCACAGUCUUUCUACGGGCUGCGCGACGCUGUCUGCCGCUUGCUCGGCAACAAUCAACAAGAUAUUGCUCGUGCUCUGUCCGUCUCUGAAGAUAAGACGCCAAACGCUCCCAGGACCGCGAACCCAGUGCCGGCUGGCGAAUCGGAUUCAUAUGACGGCUCUUGGUGGAUGCUCGAAAGUGACGUGACUUUACAAGCGUAUAUUGCAGCCUUUAGCGACUAUUUCUAUAGUUUCAUUCCCAAGGCCAACAUCGAGGCCCGGCUCAAAGAGGCUCGUCUCCCGGACGCAAGCCAUCUCGUCCGUGGUUUCGCAAGCGCUGUCAUCGCCCUUGGAGCAUACUACCACCGACAACACGAAUUCGCCGUUGUUGCCAAUCGCAGUACCCAGGAACAGAAGCAGAAAAGGCGUUCCUUUUGCUCACACAACGCCGAUGGCGGACAUCUCGAAGAUGCCCGGGUGUCGCGGCGUCUACGUGCCGCUCUUGCAUUCCGCGGAUGUGUGCGGGGUUUGCCUAGUCAGCUGCUGAAACUUCAGGCCUCUAUUGCCAGCGAGUGCGAUAUACCAUCUCUUGUCACCGAAAAUGUGGCAAUCGCCGCCAUGCACGUUCGCGAACUGGACUUGGCACAGAUUGAUGCUGUUGAUGACGAGUCUGUGCUCAGUUGGGCUUACUCGUACGUGCUGGACGUCUCUUACGCUCUUCAUCGAGGAGCACCUCCGACGCUCGACUGCGAUUGGAUAGACGGUUCGGAUCCUCUGAGCCACAGCUCCGAAGGGGACCUGUUAGGUAUACGCUCUCUAGCGGCUGUGAUGCACCGUUGUUUGCGGAGGCAGUUCAGUCCCCGGGCGUUUCACACGUACUCUUCGGCGACGGUGAUUCCUGGCGGCGGCAGAUGGCAAAGCCAUCAGAAGUCCCAGGAACAGUUGCGAUACUGGGUCGAGCUCUUCCCCGAUUUGAACUUGCGGAUUACCCCAGGGAACAACGGCUGUCUGCCCACCAGCACCGCACGUAUGGCCUUCUGCAUGUAUCACCGCGCUGUCUUCCUAACGCAUUGCCCGUGGAUUGUUACUGCUGCUGAUUUUCACGCUGAGCCCGUCCCCGAGCAUGGAGGGAUUGGGGAUCAAGAUGCCCUUGGACACGGGUGCUGCAUUCGGGCGUGUCUGGAAUCGGCCCAGCAAGUCAUUGAUGCCAUCCCUUGCUUUUUUUCCCAGUCGUCAUGCGGCACAAGGCUCGAGAGACAGUAG